AUGAUAUUUAAUUUAUUUGUGACAUUGUUUACUUUUAUUUCUAUAAUAAGUCAUACCAAAUUACCAAAUUUUGUCAUUAAACCAUUAUCGAAAGAACAAGGCCUAUCAAGUAUUCAUAAUAAUAAUAUUAUCCACCGUGAUUUUCAUAGUGGAAAUAUUUUGAUAUUUGAAGAUCAAUGUGGCGAACAUACUACAAUUGGUGAUUUAGGAUUAAGUAAAUCUGCUACUGGAGCUGACGUUAAUGAAACUUAUGGAAUUAUUCCUUAUAUGGCACCAGAGGUUCUUCAAGGGCAAAAAUAUACCACGGCUUCAGAUAUUUAUAGUUUUGGUAUGAUUAUGUGGGAAUAUAUGACAGGUAGAAGACCUUUUUGGGAUC